UCUUAGUCAUCUUUACAUUUCCUGAAAUUAAAAUGUAUAUAAAGUCGUGGAUUCUUGCUUGGUUAUCACAAUCCAAGUCCAGCCGGAGACUCACUGAACUAACCUACUGUCAGCCAGUAACCAAGGACAAUGCACGGUCUAACCCUAGCAAUUAAUGUGAUGGUUUGUGUCGGGGUGACUAUUGCCUCCACUUACCAGCCCACCUACCCAUCACAGGACGAUGAUGGGAACAUUUACCCUAUGGGAUCAGUAGAUGAUGGACAAGUUUCAGGAUACAUGGGGCCCAUGAUGGAUGAUCAGACGCCAAUAGGAUUCCCAAGUCAAGUAGCCCCCGUAUUCCCAGGAAUGGUCAGAAAUAGUCAAGUCGCUCCGGUAUACCCAGGACUUGUCAGGAAAAGUCAGAUAGCCAUCAAAUACCCAGGAAUAGUCAGGAAAGGCUUCGUGGCAACAGUAUUACCUAGAUACGUAAAGAAUGGUUACCCCAGUGUGAGACCAGUCGUGAACCCCUUCGUUAGACAAGGACAAGUUGGAAAUACCUUCGUCAGGACAGGACUAUCCCGGGUGGUGAGACAUCAGGGUGCCGCAUUGCACCCCACACUCCAUCAGAAAGUGGCAUACCCAGUUACAGGAAGACGUUACAAGAGGUCAACAGGAACCUACAGGCAAGACAGGUAUGACAGUAUAAACCGUUUCCCAGGAGUAUAUACCCGUUAUACUCGUUUCCCCAGGAGAUACCCUAGUUACCCUUCAUACCCAUCUGCGGGAGGUUAUUGAUGUCUGUGAUUGACAACAUUGGAUGAAGUAAGAAGAUUGAAUCAUCAGAAGGCUACGGAUUUCAGUAAAUGAAACUGAAAUUCGACAACCUGGCGCAUCAGCCAGUCUUCAAUCAACAUCUGAACUUUCAAAACAAAUCCGUACCAUAUAUUACAUGUGUAUGUCUCGUGAUACCUUUGUGAUCUCAUUUAAUUUGUGAAAUUCGUGUAAAUAAUUUUGCAUAAUAAAAUAUUUUCCCACAAAACUA